AUGGCGGCUCCCUCCUCGCAGGUAUCCGUGAGCGACCAGAUUCGCCAACUGGACGACGCCAGAAAGCUCGUCCUCGGCGAUGUGAAGUACUACCCGACGGUCGUAAAAAGCAUCCUAUCCAUCGUCGGCCCUACCGGGCGCGUCGAACUCCGCCGAUGGGGCGCCGAUUUCCUCGCCGAGGCCUUCGCGACGCCAGCCCUCCCCGGAAGCGAGAAGGAGACGAUGCAGUUGUUUGUGCUGGACACUCUACAGACGAUGGUCGAGACUCCCAACCAGGACGCUCACGUCCUGCGAAGCGCUAUUCAGACGGCAGCCAGUAUCUAUCCCUUGGCGCUGCGAUGGAUCAUCAACAACUCGUACGACACAUUUACAUGGGAGCGAGUGGUCGCGAUAAAGCAGAGGAUUCUUCGAAUUUGGGACGAGGCCGAAUCCAUGGUGCGGAUAUGCUGUGUCAAGUUUGCGCAGCGAGUUGUUCUAGCACAAUCAGCGGCCAAUCCCAACGAACCGAGACGUGGCGAUUCCCUCGACGUAUCCCUAGACAAGAUCCCGCCAAAUCACCAGACGUUGGAUGCUAGGACGCUCGACGCCGAAGGAGCUGGCUUACUGGACAGGAUACUGAGCGUAUUGCAGGAGAACAGCAGUGAUGUUUUGCUCGUUGAUGCCACUUUGAACUGCCUUUCCAUUUUGAUCCGCAGCCGGCCUGGCACUGCAAACAGGAUCCUGAAUGCCGUUCUCAACUUCAACCCGAUGAAGCUUGCAAACUCGCCAAUGACUCCAAGAACUCGUGUGGUGGUAAAGUCCAUGGAGAAAACUACUCGAAUGCUCUUGAUACAUCUGGCCAAACGCGACCCUCACAACCCCAUGGCUCAACGAAUUCAGCAACAUGUGGAAAGAAUGAUGCGCAUGAAACAUGAGAUCUUUGACGAAUCCGGCCGGAAACGAGCUCUUGAAGCACAGCAGCAACAUGAGGGCAUAGAUCCUAAGCGCCAGCGUAUUACACCUCAAAUCGCGACGACACCGCAGAUACAAAUCACGCCACUGCCGCCAGGCCCUCACAGUCUAGGCGACGUCUUUACUCUGACGGGAAGUGAAGGACUAAAGGCCUUCGAUGUCGGCACAUUGCCCACAGCUCUAGCUGCGAGAAUUAGCAUCACCACACUCCUUCGGACAGAUGCCCAACUGCUUACAAAAGCCGUCGAGGGUAUCCGAGGACGACUCAACGUGCUGGCCGCCCAGCCUGCACCACAAAUCGAUCCCGAAACUGCUCCUCUUGGUGUAGAGGAUGAUGAUGAUGAUUACGAGCCAGAUUUCUACGCCGCUGAGGACAAUGAGCAAAUUCUCAAUAAGCUGGAUAGUGAUCCUAUGGCUAAACCAGACGACGGUGAUCUCGGUCUGAGGUCGUUUAGACUACCACCUCCACCAGCACUUACGCCCGAGUUGGCCCUUAGCGCAGGUCAAGGCUCUGUCAUGUCGCUUUUCCAGUUUGUCAAGACGCUAGAGGAUCCUGAGAAAAAGUCCAAGUCUGGCAUCAAUCGGUUAGCUGCCAGCACUAAUGACCGAGAAUCUUGGAUUGCCAUUAUUACCCGUUUGGCGAGUCGUUCGUCGGCAGGCUUGGAGGAUGGUAUCAAGGAUGAGGCCACUGGCCGCCUGUCUCUCGGCGACAGUAUUCGAGAGUCCUUGUAUACCUACGUCCUCGAGGACUUCCGCCGCCGGAUCGAUGUCGCCAUCACCUGGUUACAUGAAGAAUGGUACAACGACCAGCUGCAGAAGAAACAGGAGGGAGAUCAUCCUCUGCACUACGAGAAAUGGGCUCUGAAGUUGAUUGACGGCUUCUCUCAGUAUCUCAACGCCCAAGAUAAGGUCAUCACUCGGUUUUUGGGUGAGGUCCCUGAACUCAGCCCCGCCAUCUUAUCACGCGUGAAGUUGAUGUGUCGGGAUCCGCUGGUGGUGCCUCUGGCGUUGACGAGUCUAUUAUAUUUGGUAAUGAUGCGGCCGCCGGCCAAAGAUUUGGCUCUAGAUACGGUGCAAGAUAUCUGGACAGAGUACGAGGACGCGCGACCACUGGCGGCAAAGUACCUGGUUAAGUUCCGCCCGACCUGGCUAGAGUCGGCUAGAGCAGCUGCGGAGGCUGGAACCGCACCAGCAAGGAACAACACGACGACUAUUACGACAUGA